AUGCCUCGUAGACGUGUGAAUGUGAAUGCGAAUGCGAAUGCGAAUGCUCAAGGGAUGAGGAUUACUGGUGCUAACCCUGCUCCUGCUCCUGCACCUGCCAACCCUGCACUUGUUAAUCGAGGACUACCACUUGAACAUCUGCUGGCGUUGGUUGGUAAGGAGUUUACCGGAGUGAAAGGAGUCGAUUCGACUGUAGCAGAAUACAAGUUUGAAAGUGUUCAGAGGAUCCUCGAGUUGAUGUCCUGUACUGACGAGGAGAAGUUGGGUUGUAUAGUGCUCCUACUUGACGUUGAAGCUCAUCGUUGGUGGAAUACGAUGAAGAGGGGUACUACUUACAUAGAAGCCUGUAAACGGAAGUUUUUAGAGCUAGUUCUAGGUAGUUUGACAGUGGUUGAGUACGAGUCAGAAUUUGCGCUACUUAGUCAGUAUGCUCUUGAGAUUGUCCUUACUGAGAGGGAUCGAUGCAUGAGGUUUCAUUUUUGGCUUAAUCGAGAGAUUCAGGUUUAUUUGGUAGCUCAGAAUACUGAGUUGUUCGAUGAGAUGGUUGAGAAAGCUAAAUAUGUUGAGGAGACUUUGGUUGAGCUGUCGUGCUCAAUAGUGACUGAAUCGAGAAAAAUGGGACGUGAUACUCAGGGUUAUGAUAGGAGUGCAUGA